AUGUAUAUGAAUAUGCUUAAUGAGAGAAUGGAAGCCGUGGAACAGUUUUGUGCUGCUGAUCCUCAGGCUGAUUUGCAGAGAGUGUGCGAAAAUGGUGGACGACAUGUAUUGAAUGUUGAAAAUGGCCAAAUGUCCAGAGGUGCUCUUUCAGAAGCGGGUGUGCCUGCUGGUGGUCAAGGGGCAGUUUUGAGUCCUGGACGGAAUCAUGAGGCUCCAAUAUUUAGGCCCAGAUCCAGCGAAGUGCAAGGCAACAGUAGAAUUUCUAUUAAGAAGAAGCCACAAGAAUUUGACGGAAAAGUGUCAUGGGAAGCCUACUGUGUCCUGUUUGAGAUAAAGGUUGACCAGAAUGGUUGGAACAGUAGGCAAAGAGCAGUUCAGCAUGCUGCUAGUCUAAAGGGUGCUACAGUAAAAGUGUUGAGCCAGUUGUCAGUGGAGGACAGAAGCCGUUACUCUUCAUUAGUUGAAAUGUUACAAAGAAGAUAUGGCACUAUGUACCAGAGUGAAGUGUACAGGGCACGAAUUCGGAGUUGUUGCUUGGAUGACGCUCAGGUGUUGCGGUUGAGGCGGAUGCAAGUGAGGUAUGCAGAGGACCUAAACCUUGGUUGCACAGAUCUGGUGGAAGACAAGAAAAAUGUUCAGCAAAUUGUGGAAAAUGCAAUUCUAGAUAAAGAUUUGGCCAAACACGUUUCUACACAAAAAGAACAGAUCAUCUGUUUACAGAAAGUCGUUGAUGACUUGAUGGAAGAUGUUGGCAAAGCGACCAGAAAAGAUGUAGAUGAUGUGAAAUCUCUUCUCAAUGUCAGGAUUGUAAAACUAAAUAAAAAGGUCCACUUCUUUGAAAUGGAACGUUCUGAGAGAGAAAUUGAUAUGAGAAGGUGUCCUGGAGAUAAAAGAAAUGUUGAGUCAGAAUUACAAAACGUCCAUCAAAACUUUGUAGAGAAGACUAAGUCUCUCAAAGAAGUCAAAGAAAAGCUUACACCGUGUUUAAAAGAAGCUUUAAAAUCUAAAGAUGACACUGAGAGGAAGCUUGACAAAUUUGAACAUCAGCAAGAACGUGAUAGGGAAAACUUGGACCAGAAAAUAGAUCUUUUAAUGAAAGAAAAUGAAAAAACUAAAGGAGUAAGCGUCUUCGAAGAGAUACAGCGUAACCUGCGUAAAAGCAUUGCUGUUAUGAAAAAGGAAAUGUCUUUCAACUCACAAGAUUUUUAAUUGAAACUGCAGAGUUUUGAAGAUGGAAAUCAUUACACUAUGGUAGAAUUAAAGAAGCUUCUCAAUUCAAAGAAAAUAAUUAGCAGAAGAUGGAAAGAAGAAUGCAGUACAAUCGCAAAGAAAUACGGUGAGAAAAUAGUUCAAAUUCAAUCUGAGCUGAAGUUACAAAACUCGCAAUUCUGA